UAAACAGUGGAGAGGGAAGACCUCUGAGCCGAAAGUGACGAACCAAUGAAAACCCACAGAAGAAACGCAACACCACCACCACCACCAACAAAAACACAAAUGAAACCAAAAGUAAAUCAAAGCACAAUACUUUUCUUCUGUCUUCAGCUAGGGUUCUCUCUUUCAUGAUACUCUCCGUUCCAUUUUCUUUCCUUUCCUUUUGCUUCUGAAAGCAACAUCUUCCGCUAGCUAGCUCCUUCCAAAGAAAGAACACAAGAAGAAACAGGAAUCCCAUUUUUUGUGACAGUGUAAUGCCCUUUGAUUUGAGCUAUGUUGUUUGUUUCUUUCCAUGAAACCUUAGGAAAAUGUUUCAGGGGGUAGCUGAGGAAUCUUUGGGGGCCACGAAGGUUGGUCAAACUGUGUUCUUUUGGCUUGUUUCGAGGCCGUAAACGGGUGAGAUCAGCCGGAAUAUUUGAUUUCAGAGCAAGCUUGGAUCUUUUGGGAAACCCUCUAUUUUGAGCUUGGCUUUUGAUAGAUUCGGAGUCGGUGGCUGGGACUCGUUCCGAUAAUGCUGAAUUGGAUCUUGACACUCGGUUGUGUCGUUGGAUAGCUCUUAAAAGGUUUUGGAGGUUGUGCUUAGGAAGGAGAAGCUAAUUGGCUUUGGUUCAGUCUUUAGUGAAUAAGUUAAAUUUUAGCUGAUUGGAGAUGGCAAUGUCCUGCAAGGAUGGUAAGCUGGCAAUGGACAACGGGAAGUAUGUCCGGUACACACCUGAGCAGGUUGAAGCACUCGAGAGGCUCUAUCACGAUUGCCCGAAGCCAAGUUCGAUUCGCCGCCAGCAGCUUAUUCGUGAGUGCCCAAUUCUCUCCAAUAUCGAGCCAAAACAGAUCAAGGUCUGGUUCCAGAACAGAAGAUGCAGAGAGAAACAGAGGAAAGAGGCUUCGCGGCUUCAAGCUGUAAAUAGGAAGCUGACAGCAAUGAACAAACUUUUGAUGGAGGAAAAUGAUAGGUUGCAGAAGCAGGUCUCGCAUCUGGUGUAUGAGAAUGGUUACUUCCGCCAACAUACCCAGAAUACAACGCUUGCAACCAAAGAUACAAGUUGUGAAUCGGUGGUGACGAGUGGUCAACACCAUUUGACAGCUCAGCAUCCGCCAAGGGAUGCUAGUCCUGCAGGGCUUUUGUCCAUUGCAGAGGAGACUUUAGCAGAGUUUCUUUCAAAGGCCACUGGAACUGCUGUGGAGUGGGUCCAAAUGCCUGGAAUGAAGCCUGGUCCGGAUUCCAUUGGAAUCGUUGCUAUUUCUCAUGGUUGCACUGGAGUGGCAGCACGAGCCUGUGGCCUAGUGGGUCUAGAACCCACAAGGGUUGCAGAAAUCCUCAAGGAUAGGCCUUCGUGGUUCCGUGAUUGCCGAGCUGUGGAUGUUCUGAAUGUGCUGCCCACAGCAAAUGGUGGAACCAUUGAGCUGCUAUACAUGCAGCUCUAUGCGCCUACUACAUUGGCGCCUGCUCGUGACUUCUGGUUGCUUCGCUAUACUUCUGUUUUAGAAGAUGGCAGCCUUGUGGUCUGUGAGAGGUCACUUAAAAAUACUCAAAAUGGUCCAAGCAUGCCACCUGUGCAGCAUUUUGUGAGGGCAGAAAUGCUUCCUAGUGGGUAUCUCAUACGACCUUGCGAAGGCAGUGGUUCAAUCAUUCACAUUGUUGAUCAUAUGGAUUUGGAGCCAUGGAGUGUCCCAGAAGUAUUACGCCCGCUGUAUGAAUCAUCGACUGUGCUUGCGCAAAAGACAACCAUGACGGCUCUACGCCAGCUGAGGCAGAUAGCUCAUGAGGUUUCUCAGUCUAACACUACGGGCUGGGCCAGACGACCUGCAGCUCUUAGAGCACUUAGCCAGAGGCUGAGCAGGGGUUUUAAUGAGGCCCUUAAUGGGUUUACCGAUGAGGGGUGGUCGAUGAUGGGAAAUGAUGGCAUGGAUGAUGUUACUAUUCUUGUGAACUCAUCUCCUGACAAGCUGAUGGGCUUAAAUCUUCCUUUUUCUAAUGGGUUUCCAGCUGUGAGCAAUGCUGUCUUAUGUGCUAAAGCAUCAAUGCUGUUGCAGAAUGUCCCUCCUGCGAUUCUUCUUAGAUUCCUGCGAGAGCACAGAUCAGAAUGGGCAGACAACAAUAUUGAUGCUUAUUCAGCUGCAGCUGUCAAAAUUGGUCCCUGUAGCUUACCAGGGUCUCGAGUUGGAAGUUUCGGGGGUCAAGUUAUACUCCCACUGGCUCACACUAUGGAGCAUGAAGAGUUCUUGGAAGUCAUUAAGUUGGAAGGUGUGGGCCCAACUCCUGAAGACACAAUAAUGCCUAGAGAAAUGUUUCUGUUGCAACUCUGUAGUGGAAUGGAUGAGAAUGCUGUUGGAACCUGUGCGGAACUUAUCUUUGCUCCAAUUGAUGCUUCUUUCGCUGACGAUGCACCUCUUCUGCCUUCUGGUUUUCGCAUCAUUCCCCUUGAUUCUGGGAAGGAAGCCUCUAGUCCAAACCGCACCCUGGACCUUGCUUCUGCUCUUGAAAUUGGGCCAGCUGGUAAUAGAACGUCUACUGAUUAUUCUGGUAAUUCUGGCUCUGUCCGAUCUGUGAUGACGAUAGCAUUUGAAUUUGCAUAUGAGAGCCACAUGCAAGAACAUGUAGCAUCCAUGGCUCGCCAUUACGUCCGCAGCAUUAUAUCAUCAGUUCAGAGAGUGGCAUUGGCACUCUCUCUCUCAUUUGAGCUCACAUGCUGGCCUUCGGCCACCAUUGGUACCCCUGAAGCUCAGACCCUUGCUCGCUGGAUAUGCCAGAGUUACAGGUGCUACAUGGGUGUGGAGCUACUCAAAUCUGGCAAUGAAGGAAGUGAAGCCAACCUCAAAACUCUGUGGCAUCACUCGGAUGCAAUAAUGUGCUGCUCUAUGAAGGCAUUGCCAGUUUUCACUUUUGCAAACCAGGCAGGGCUUGACAUGCUUGAGACCACCUUGGUUGCACUGCAAGACAUAACUCUGGAAAAAAUAUUUGACGAUCAUGGCCGAAAAACACUCUUCUCAGAGUUCCCACAAAUAAUGCAACAGGGCUUUGCUUGUCUCCAGGGUGGUAUCUGUCUCUCAAGUAUGGGCCGACCCGUCUCUUAUGAGAGAGCAGUGGCUUGGAAGGUGCUGAACGAAGAAGAGAAUGCUCACUGCAUCUGCUUUAUGUUUGUGAACUGGUCUUUUGUAUGAAAACAACAGAUAGGAGGGAGAUCGUGCUUACAGAACUCCUAAACCCUUAUGUUUUAUUGGCUUGUUAGUCUUUUAGAAAGGAAAAAAAACAAAAACCUCUUGAAUGAUUAAGACUGCGUAUGUGUUAUCCUGCUUCUGGUGCACCUUGAAACCGAUACAUGUGCCUUGACAUGUUAUGUUUUUAAUCAAUCGAUUGUUAUUUCCCCUAA